AUGGAGAAACACUCCAUGCGUCACCUCCUGUGGACUGCAUUGUUCCUGUUGUACUGCAGCUUCGGAUGUUUGGCUGCUGUUGUACAGCAGUUACCACAAAAAGGAGAAAGUGCUCUACAGGCGUACACCGUCUCUGAUACUCCUACAGAGAAAUGGGAGCCCAUCCGCAUUGCUGUGUAUACAAAAUAUGUUGAGGAUGUUGUGAAGGAAUGCAUAAAACAGCGUUCGGAGGGUGAUUCCAAUACUACCGUCGAAUUCUGUAGCGGUGACAAUCAAAUGACAGCAGCGAAGAUGAAUACUCUUUUUAAGGAUCUCCUCCCUGAAGCGAUUAAAUUGCACAGGGAUCGCCUUAAUGUGAAACCACUGAAGAGCAAUCUGAAGAUACAGGAAGAGGAGGUUCGCUGGUUUACGAGCAAUUGCUGGGGAUUCAUUAUUCCCAGUGAGCAUAGUACUGAAGGUAUUCCCGAUGCUGAUUUUAUGCUUUACGUGAAUCUCGGGACAGAGCGUAAAAGUUCGGCGGUUUGCUCUAUAGAUGAGAAUAAGCGACCAACAUCUGCCCGCAUCAGUUUUGUCCCGAAGGAGAUCGUCGCCACAAGACAUUAUAUUCGUUUGGCUGCACACGAUAUUGCGGUUGGACUUGGAUUUACCACCGAAUAUAUGAGUAAAUAUCUCACGAAAGAAUCAGCACCUAUCUUUAUGAAUGGCGUACCAAAUUAUCUCAUGAUGGUGCAGAGUAACACUGUGAAGGAUAAGGCCAAGAAGCACUACAACUGCCAAAACAUCAAGGGAAUGAUUUUGGAUUAUAAAGGCAAUACUUAUUCCGGAUAUUGGGAGAGGCGCAUCGCACGGGAUGAAUUGAUGAGUCCGUACACUGGUGAACCCACUGGCAUGUACUACACUAAUCUGACACUUGCAGCAUUUCAUGCUAUGCCCUACUACCAAGCUAAUUUCAGUAUGGCAGAACCGAUGAGUUGGGGGAAUCAAUCGACUUGUGACUUUAUUACAAAAAAGUGCACCGAAAUCAUCCAAGAUUCGAAGUCCUCUAACGUCUUCUGCGAGGAAAGUGAUAAACCUGUACUACAGUGCACUUCUGACCGCUUUGGUCUUGGUGUCUGCUCCAAGGUUGACACGAAGAAGGAUGGUAUCCCCACUGAGUACAAGUUCUUUGAAAUUGUUGGUGAACAGAGUGAUAUGAUGAAAGGCUGUCCAAUCAUUAAGCCGUUUCAAGAGACCAUGUGCGAGAAUGGUAAUGAGACACUGAUGCCUGGAAGUAUUGUGGACAAGAUGUCACGGUGUCUGAGUGUAAAGGAUCCGCAGAUCAAGGAUGUAAAUGGAAAUGAUGUAACCGUUCAAGGCAUUUGUGCAAAAGUGAAGUGUGAGGAUGGCAAGGUGCAUGUGCAGUACAAGGGUCAGAAAAGCAAAGAAACGUGGCAUGUGUGCGAAAAUGAUGGCGAUACUAUUGAUCUGCAGGGUUCAGUGUUCAGCGGUGGAACUAUUGUGUGCCCCAAAUACGCUGAAGUGUGCACCGGGCUACCGGAAACCGAACCUUUUAACAUUUCAUAUACAGAAGUUGUGAACCCCAAGGAGAGGGAGGAAGACUCUAAGGAGGAAACCAAAGAAGAGAGCAACUCGAGCAGUAAUUCGGAAGCAAGCGGUGUGUCGGUAAAUGCUGAGAGUGGAACGUCCACUAAUACACAAGGGGAAAGUGUACCAGCAGCCCCUGGUGUUAACGGCAGUUCUCAGGAGUCCAGUACUGCGACACAAAGUGUCAUGCAGCGUGCAUCGAGAAGUCGUCGUCAUAUUGCUGAUGCUACUGCUUCUCAAUCCACAUCUAAUCCCAACAGCACUGAAGACGCAAUACAGUCCCCAAGCACUGUUUUGAACGGGACGAACUUAACUGAAAGCCAAAUAAAAGAAGAAACAUUAAAACAUACAAAUGUAACGGUUAUGUUCGGUACUGACAGCAGCAUCACGGUCUCCUACAUGGCCCCUCUUGCACUUCUUGUGUGUGUUGUUGGUUUUGUGAUGGUUCCAUGA